AUGUCCCCCAACGAUGUACCCGACACCCCUCCGCCUCCCAGGAGUCGUUCCCUACGCCCAACAGCCAGCGCUCACAGCUCUCGGCCAUCUCAUAGCAUCCUCUCUCCACACAUCUUGAAUGCUUCGACGCGCUCUUCCUCACCCGACCCGUAUGGACAACUGGGCGGGCCGCGUCGUCUGGCCGAGGAAGGCUCCAACGUCAGACCCCUCUCGUCCUUGCACACCGUGAAGACUCUGUCGCGCAGCUUCUACGGACGGGGGAGGGAUAUGAGGUCGAAGGCGGCGUUGACUGAAAUCGACGUCCCUCAAGAUAACCAAGCCCUCAGUCGCUCCUCGCGCCGCUCUAGUCCCAAGAUCGCGGGCGGUAGCAACACGUCCAUUGCGCUGCGCCGCGCGACUACGGAUCCCUACCCUAAACCCGUCGCCUCCACGACUCAAGGGCUGCGUAGGGGUGGCCGCCCGUCGCCCUACAGGGAUGGGUACAACAAGAGCCGCCGCGAGCAGACAGUUGGUAUAGAGUGGCAUCCGGUGCGCUUGACUAUCCGGGGCCAAUCUCCUAACUCCCCCGCGAUGACUCACUUUGCAUCGUUCCCCGGUAUACCGUCCGACCACACUCGCACCACACCGUUUCCCGCCACACCACCUCAGGAGCUUCUUCCACUCGGUACUCCGCAUCAUCGUAUCCCGUCGAGCGACACUUCGAACUAUGCUCCCUUCGACCCUCGCAGUGGGAACUACGAUUCUGCGGUUCCGCUGGAGUACGAUGAGUUCGAGUUUCAAGAGCCUUUCCUGGACAUCCCCAUUCCCUUCGACUCGGCCUUACCGAAGGGCUUCAACCCUCUGGACCCUCUCACGUACCCUGGUGCCGCUUGCUAA